UCAUGGAAACACUGCUCAAGUUUUUAGUAGAAAACAAUAGUAAAUACACGAUAGAUUUUUCCUGAAAUAAACAAUGUAUCACAAUAUGUUUAUAUCGUCUUGAUAUCCACCCAACCUAUAUUCCAUCCGUUUCGAUCCCAUCCUUUCUACAUUUCUUCAAAAUGUCUGCGGAAUCUGAUAUGGAAUACUCGGAUAACGAUGGGGACGAUUACGAUUACUACGGAGGACAAGACGAUUGUGAUAUGGAAGCUGUGGACCGUAGUAAGGCUGAUCCCGAAUAUUUUUUAUACUCCUGUCACAAGGUAGAAGAAGUAGAAAAAUUGUUAAACGAAUCGAUUGAAUUGCUCAGUAACAGCCUCCAAAUAACACCUUCCCUCGCAAAGGUUAUGUUACAUGCAUAUGAAUGGAAUGCUCAAGAGAUUAUAGCUAAGUAUAAAAACAAUGCUAAUGAAGUGCUAGUGUAUAGCCGGGUGAAGCCCCGAAUCCCUUCUGCCCAAGCAGGCUCCAGCAGGAUGUCCUGUGCAGUCUGUGCCAACACUCCAGCUUUGACCAAGUAUAGUGGUCUUGCUUGCGGACAUUACUUCUGCAAUGAAUGCUGGGCUAUGCACUUUGAAGUACAAAUUAUGCAAGGUGUGUCAAACACUAUCCAGUGUAUGGCCCAGGACUGUGAAGUGAGAGCUCCAGAGGAUUUUGUGUUGUCACAUGUGGCUAAACCGGCCCUACGAGAACGCUACCAGCAGUUUAUGUUCAAAGAUCAUGUUAAAUCACAUCCACAGCUUCGAUUUUGCCCAGGACCGAAUUGCCAGUGGAUAUUCCAAGCAUGGGUGCGGACGGGCGCGCGCCGAGUGGAGUGCUCGGGCUGCGAGCUGCUAACUUGCUUCACGUGCGGCGCGCCGCACCACGCGCCCACGGACUGCGCUACCAUCCGCCGCUGGCUCACCAAGUGCGCUGACGACUCUGAAACGGCCAACUACAUCAGUGCGCACACUAAGGAUUGCCCUAAAUGCCAAAUAUGUAUAGAGAAGAACGGAGGCUGCAACCACAUGCAGUGCGGAGCGUGCAGACACGACUUUUGUUGGGUGUGCCUCGGUGACUGGAAGACCCACGGUUCUGAAUAUUAUGAGUGCAGUCGCUAUAAAGAAGACCCUAAUUUGACUAAUGACAAUCAACAUGCACAGGCACGCGAGGCUCUCAAAAAAUAUUUGCAUUAUUAUGAAAGGUGGGAAAAUCACGCAAGAUCUCUGAAACUGGAGGAGCAGACUUUGGCAAGUCUCAAAAGCCGUAUUAAUCAAAAGGUGAUGGCCGGGGAGGGUACUUGGAUUGACUGGCAAUACUUGUGGGACUCUGCAAGACUACUGAAACGCUGCAGAUAUACCUUGCAGUACACAUACCCCUAUGCUUAUUAUAUGGAAGUUGGACCUCGGAAAGAACUGUUUGAGUACCAGCAGGCCCAGCUAGAAGCAGAGAUUGAAAACUUAUCAUGGAAGGUAGAACGGGCAGAGACGACCGAUCGCGGCGAUUUAGAGAAUCAAAUGGACAUAGCAGAGAAAAGACGCACUACAUUACUCAAAGAUUUCCUAGAAUUUAAUACAAAUAGUGCUUCCAGUAGUAAAGCAUAACUAAAUCUCAAGUAUGAAAAUACGCAUUUUUUAACAGUUAGUAGUUAACUAUGUAACAUCACCUUUGUAUAUGAAUUAUGAGAGCUAGAUUUUUUUGUUCUGCCAAAGUAUAUUUAUAACAAGAAUUUGCAAUAAUAUUUAAGUAAUAAUAAAAAAUGGCAACAU